GCCGCCUUCCCCCGAGGGCCGCUCGCGGCGGCCGGUAGGGCAUGUCCGCCGCGCAGGUGUCCGCCGCGCCCGCCGAGCGCCCGGCCUGGGGCGCCGAGGGCCGAGACGGGCCGGCGGAAGGGGCCCGGCGGAGAGAGCCCGGUUCGCCCGGCGGGAAGGAGGCCGCGGAGUGCGGCGGCCGGCGGGAGCCCGAGCCCGAGGAGCGACGACGGCAGGCGGCGGCCGAAGCCCCUCCGCCCAAGGAGAACCCGUGGACGAAGCGCAGAGCCGCGCGGGACGGCGCGGCCGACGGGCAGCUCGUGCUGCGGGAGCCAGGGGGAGGUAGUUUACUAUUGAAUGAACUAGAGAAUUCCACUAAACAUGUAAAAGCAGCGAAAGCCAAGACAAGGAAAUGCAGCAAGGCUGGUGAUUUUGUUGAUAUUGGAGACUGGCCAACACCAAGUGAAACAGCAAACAAUGAAUGCAAGACUGUAAGUCACAGUAAGAGGCCAACAAACAGAAGAGAAAAGGAGGAGAAAUUUGAUCAGAAAGGCAGUAAUGGAACCAAGGACAACCUGGAGGCUAACCCAAAUGGUCCAGCAGAUAACGUUAGCGAAGAUGAAGGUCAAACUAACAACCAAAGGAAAAAAGGUAACAAGCAAAAAUGGGUUCCACUUCACUUGGAUGAUGUAAGGUCAGAUAGUCAAGAAAGAUCAAGCUCUCGAAGUAGCUCAAGAUCUCAGCUGGAGACAAACAAGUUAAUACUUCAUAACAACAGGCGGAAUGAGACAAGAAAUUGGCAUCGUGAUAGAGAAAAGAGAGAUGAUCACGAUGAAGUGUGCAGUGUGAGAAGUGAGGGUGGCAGCGUUCGAGAAUUCUCCAGAGGCAGAGGAAGAGGUAGAGGCAAAGGAAGAGGACGAAGCAGAGGAAACCCUAGAAGGAACUUUGACUAUUCAGUUGGUUAUCAAGAACUGUAUGGUGAAAUAACUGACCAAGCAUUUCAACCUGAGCUUAACUCUAGUAUGAUGUAUUACUACGAUGAUGGAACAGGAGUGCAGAUGUAUUCUGUGGAUGAAGUUCUUCUGAAAGAAUAUAUAAAACGUCAAAUUGAGUAUUAUUUCAGCACAGAAAACUUGGAAAGAGACUUCUUUAUGCGGAGAAAGAUGGACCAACAAGGAUUUCUGCCUAUUUCAUUGAUUGCUAGCUUCCACAGGGUGCAAGCUCUGACUACAAAUGCUACGCUCAUUUUGGAGGCCCUAAAGGACAGUACAGAAGUUGAAACUGUGGAUCAGAGGAUAAGAAAAAGGAUUGAUCCAGAAAAGUGGCCGAUUCCAGGUCCACCUCCCUGUAAUCUGUCAAGGACUGACUUUUCUCAGCUCAUCAAUUGUCCAGAAUUCAUACCAGGCCAAGUUUACGGCUCACAUACAGAGUCUGCACCAAGUUCUCCAGGAAUGGGAAGCCUGUUGAGUCUGAAGGAAAACACUGAAACAAGUAAUUUUCAGACAAUAUCUAAAGGGUUGUCUACAAGUUUGCCUGAUUUGGACUCCGAACCUUGGCUAGAAGUGAAGAACAGGCAUCAUGCAUCCACUGUCAGAGUAAAGGAAUGCGUUCCUAUACCUGAUCAAGUGUCAGGUCAACAACAGCCACCUCCACCUCCAGAGGAACAAGAACAAGAAGAACUUGACUUUUUGUUUGAUGAAGAGAUGGAACAAAUUCAGGGUCAUAAGAAUAAAUUCACUGAUUGGUCAGACAGCAGUUCAGAUUAUGAAAUUGAUGAUCAGGAUGUAAACAAGAUUUUGAUUGUAACACAGACGCCACCAUAUAUGAGAAAACAUCCUGGUGAAGAUCGUGCUGACAACCAUGUGUGUCAUGGAAAAAUAACAUCGGAACUUGCUAAAGUUAUUAAUGAUGGCUUAUACUAUUAUGAACAGGAUUUGUGGACAACGCAGAGUGAAAAUGACACUACAGUAAUGCAAGAGGUUGAGAACUUCAGGAAGCUAAAUCUUGUUAGUAAGGAAGAAUUUGAUCAUCUUGCACCAGAAUUGAUUGCUGAUCGAACCCAAGAAAUUCUUCCAGGUUCUUCAGAGUUACAGAAAGAGGAACCAGCUUGUAAUUGGUUCAGUACUGGAGCACUUCCAGCAGCAACAGUGGCUCGGUCACUGCCAACUAUAGUUCCAGAAUCUCCCCGAGUUCACCCUGGUUUCACCCUGCGAACACCUCGCACCCCGAGGCUACAGGAUCCCAACAAAACACCCAGGUUUUACCCUGUCGUUAAAGAAGCACAAUCCAUUGAUGUGAAGGCUCCAAGAAAAAGAAAAACGCGGCACAGUACAAAUCCUCCGUUAGAAUGCCAUGUCGGUUGGGUGAUGGAUUCCAGAGACCACAGGCCAAGAACUUCUUCUGUGAGCAGUUCCAAUGCUUCACCUUCAGAAGGAGCUCCACUUGCAGGAGGUUAUGGUUGUACUCCAAAUUCUCUUCCAAAAUUUCAGCAUCCUUCUCAUGAACUGUUAAAGGAAAAUGGCUUUACACAACAGGUGUACCAUAAGUAUCAUCGAAGGUGUCUAACGGAGAGGAAACGGUUGGGAAUUGGCCAGUCCCAGGAAAUGAACACACUUUUUCGUUUCUGGUCCUUUUUCCUGAGAGAUCACUUCAACAGGAAAAUGUAUGAAGAAUUCAGACAACUUGCUCUAGAUGAUGCAAAAGAACACUACAGGUACGGGUUGGAAUGCUUGUUUCGAUUUUACAGCUAUGGCCUAGAAAAGAAAUUCAGGCGAGACAUAUUCAAGGACUUCCAGGAAGAAACAAAGAGGGACUAUGAAGCUGGUCAGCUUUAUGGACUGGAAAAGUUUUGGGCUUACCUAAAAUAUUCUCAGCACAAGACACCAGCCAUUGACCCCAAGCUGCAAGAAUACCUCAGUAAAUUUAGGAGACUGGAGGACUUCAGAGUGGAUCCUCCUUUUAGUGAAGAAUGUGGCAGGAGGCAGUUGGCUGCAGCAGGUGAGGAUUCGGGUCAUCGCAGACAUCUGGCUCGUUCCUGUCGAACAUUUCCUGUGGCUCAGCCUGUAGUGCUGUUGGAGCACGUUACCAGUGGGAACACCGUGCAAGCACCCAGAGCAGGCCAUCCUCAUGCUGCCACAAAAUCAAUAGAAAGUGAUGUACCGGAAAAAUAGACUAAGCCUCGCACCCUUGAGAAGCAGCUUUUUUCAUCGCUCUUUUUAGUUGGAGAUCUCCAAGGUGAGCCCAUCUAGUACAUGAUUAAAAGUGUAUGGGAAGACAAAGGACUGCAUUCUUUUUCGUGGGAUUAAGUUCCAAAACACCCUAGGAGAGCCGUUCUUGGUUUUGGGAUCAUCAGAAAGGUCCUAGGGAAGAUUCUUUGGCUUCAGUAUUGCUUUCCUCAAGCUUUUGUUUACAAAAAACUGCAUUCCUUGCAUAUGCAUAAAAAUACUUUGGGGAUGCCUUACAUUUCAGCUCAUGUUUCUGGAGGGAAAAAAAAAAAAAAAAAAAGGUAUGGUAUAUCCAUCUUACUGACUGCGCUUUCUUUGUCCCUUUGUUUGUAUUUUACCAAAGCAAAAAAAGAUUACAGUAUACAUAUAAUUUUAAAUGUAAAGAAGGAUCUAUGUGAUUGGUUUGCUUUUGAAUCUGUAACUAUAAAAAGUAUGCUUUGUGUGAAAGUGCACUCAAGAAUGUGCAGCUAUAUAUGAUACAGCACUGCUGGAUUCUAUUUAAAGACAUAGUUUCUAUUUUUUUCGGGGUCUCCAUAGUUAGUAUUAAGUAUGGAGUUGAGUGGACAUAACUGGGAUAGUUUUGCAGAUACUUCUUUCAGUACUGGUUCCUAAAAAGCCACAGUAAAAUACAGGGAAAAAUGGAUCUGUUGAUUCAGUGUCUUAAAUUAACACCUAGCAUCUGCAGUUGGUGCAGGUCAUUCAAGUAGCUUCAGCUGAAUUCUCAUAUGAUGAUAAAUCAUUCUAACAUGAGAGGCAUCUUUUUUUAAGGUUUUUUUUUCCUCUGUAUUUCAAGGAAUAAAAAUUAGUUUGGAAGGAAA